AGAGAAAAUUAAAAUGGCAGAUUGGGGGCCGGUGCUUAUAGCGGUGGUGCUGUUCGUGCUGCUUACGCCAGGGCUGCUGUUUCAGAUUCCGGGGAGGAACAGAGUGAUUGAAUUUGGAAACAUGCAUACAAGUGGACUUUCUAUUUUGGUUCAUACUCUCAUUUUCUUUGGGCUAAUCACUAUUUUCCUUAUUGCCAUUGGAGUCCAUAUACACGCUGAUUAAAAGUUCUGUAGUCAAACACGGAAUUGUUGAUUAUGUCUUUGUUUUUUUGUUGAAAAUUUUAUGGUUUUCAAUUCAUUGCGUUUGUGGGUUUAUGUUAGUUUCUUAAAUUUAUCAGUUUUGUGUUUCGUUUUGCUUGGAAAUUGGUUGUUUAUGUUAUUUAUUAUUCAGAUGU